CAAUUAAUAAUUCAUAAGUCUGUAAUAAGUUGGUUUUACAAUGUCGAACGUUAAAUUAGCUAUUCGCGUUCGUCCGUUUACGGAAAGAGAGUUGAGGUCAGAGAAAGACAAAGUUCCUGUAGUGAACGUGCUUGACGACAAGACAGUGACUAUUACCAAUUUAAAAGUGAGUGCGUCAGGCGCGGGAGACAGCAGGGAGCGCGUGCGCCGGUACCAUGCCGACUACACGUUCGACAGCGCAUGCGCGCCCACCAACCCUGAAUAUGCCACUCAGGAGAAGGUUUUCGAGAGCAUCGGCCGUGACGUCAUGACAUGCCUCUCACGCCUUUCUUCUGUCUGCGUGUUAGCGUACGGACAGAGUGCCACAGGGAAGACUCACACGAUGAUGGGCACGGACACGCAGCCCGGGCUAGUGCCGCGGCUCUGCAGGGAGCUGGCGUCUGUGGAGUGUGACGUCACCAUCAGUUUCCUGGAGAUAUACAACGAGCGAGUCCACGAUUUGCUGGUGGGCGAGGAUCCGCCCCUGACCUUCAACUCGCUGCCGCGGCGGCGCGGGAACGCGCGGAAGGACCUACGCGUCCGGGAACACCCCACGAGAGGACCUUACGUACAGAAUCUUCGUCGUGUAGCCGUAACCACCGUCGAGGCACUACUCGCGCUAGUGUCCGAGGGCUGCCGCCGACGGCGCACGGCGGCUACUCGCCGGAACUCCUCUUCAUCAAGAUCUCAUGCUCUGCUGGAACUGAGCACACCAAAGGCGACCUUACAUCUAGCUGAUCUUGCUGGAAGUGAAAAAGCAAGCUGGGAGGGUAUCGGAGGAGGACGCCAGAAAGAAGGAGCCAACAUUAACAAGUCGCUCGUUGCUCUAAGCAACGUCAUCUCUGCAUUAGUGAGCGGUAGCAGCGGUCGUGGACGGUUCGUUCCUUACCGGGAUUCUGCUCUUACCUGGCUUUUAAAAGAUUGCUUUACGGGAGGCGCCUGCACUUUCAUAAUAGCAACGGUUUCUCCGAGUGUCGCUUGUUACGGCGAGUCUGCCUCCACCCUCCGCUGGACGUCUCGGGCGCGCCAGCUGCCUCCCCCGCGUGUCGCGCCAUCCGCACGGGCCUCCGUGCAAGCCCACUACAACAACUUGCUUGCUGAGCUUUGUCGGCAUCAUAUCAAAUAUGUUCCAGAAACUGGAGGUCUAAUUUACGAAGAAUCCCAUUGGGAUUUAAAGCCAAAAAAUGUGGAAAUUGUAAAUGGGAACGCAGCCAGGAUAGGGAACUUUAUGGAUAUGUUGCAACAGAAGACUGAUACUAAACCAGAAUCCGUGGAUUCAGUACACACUAGUUCCGAUGUGCUGAAUCUCGCAGAUGAAAAAGUAAAUAUAGCUAACGAAAUCAAUAAGGAGGUAGAUAAGUUGCUUGUACCAGCGCUAGAAAGGACAAGAAGUGACUUAGAAAUAGUGGCACCACUCCGACACAAAAGACGACAUUAUAGGUCUCAAGAAGUCCUACCUAUUGAUAAGACUCUACAUGAGCCAAUGCCUCUUCAAACUCAUGAGCGAAUUCGCGAAAAUGCUGGUAAAAGUAAUGUUCCUAUUUUGUACGAUAAUCAAAGAGCAGAAAUUGUUGCAUCGGUAACUGAACGAUUGUACUCGAAGCUGAAAAAGAAAGAAGAAGCGGCAGUGUCAAAAGUCGAAUCGAUGGUAGACAAAAAGAUUGUAGAGCCAUUAAGCGAACUUAAAAUUUGCACCAACGCAAGGCAGCGUUUAAUGGAACUAAGCCAGAAAGCUUUAAGGAAUAAGAGAAGAAUAGGCAUACCAGCCCACACACAAACACGACGGUCUGUUAUCCGUGUAAAAGACCAAGGCAUUGAUGCGCAGACUGACUUGGAAUCAUAUUCUGAUAAAAAUAAAAACUCCUUAGUUGCUUGCCGAGAUGCUAGCACGGAAACUAAACCUUUAACACCUCGAUGUAAAGAAAUUGCAAUUGGUCCAAAAUGUGGUUCAUUACUCUCGUAUGAUAAAUCAACCGCUACUGAAGCUAAGCAAGUUAUUCUAAAAAGUACUUUUGUGAUGACUGACGAUGCGGUGCGACUUGAUAGAUACACCCAAACUAGAGUUCACCCGCCUCCAAGGCGGAAACGCUCAGGUAAAAGCAUUGUUAGUGAAGUCAGCCCGACAAAUAACAUGGAAGAAUGUAUAUCUAUGCCCAUUAUCAGCAUAAAUAUAUCUCAAAGAUACGCAGAGUCUGAAUCUCAAAGUUCCGAUGAAAACUUAGAUUUACCUCACAAUGAUACUCCUGACAGAGCGAGUAGUGUUGGAAUCACUCCCGAUUUACUAACUAAUCAUAGCAGUGUGGAAUCAGCACCUAAAGGAUAUAAGGAACCUAUUAAGAUUCAUGUUGCUAGUAAUCAACUUCCCUGUAAUGUUAACGAUAUGAAAAGAACCAAAGGUAUCGAUAGUUUCAAUAUCGAAGAUUUUCCAGAUGCGGAAAACUGUGAAUUGCCCCGUGUGUCUGUAAACUGCUCAAGCAAAGCAAGUGAAAAUGAAAUGAAAGAUAUAAUAUUAGGUCGUAAUGAUGAUGUAUAUCCAUACAAUAUCAUACUUUCACCACCUCGAGAAAACAAUACUAAAAGGAUAGUAAAAUUUAAAGAAAAAAUAUUGAGUCCUCCAGAACAAGAUUACAUACCGAGUAAACACUUAGAGGACAAUGAAAUACCGGAUUGCAAUUUUUUGGAUAAUUCGGAUAACGAAGCAUCCAAUAGCCAAAGCUUCAAUGGCUGUAUGAAUUCUCAGAUGAACUUUACUAAAACUAAUGACCAUGAAGCACACAACAGUGUCGUAAAUCACAACUCUGAUAUUCAUAACACAGAAAUAGAUAACGAUGGUGUUUAUCAAGCAUGUGGUUCUUCUGAUUCCGUAGACUCUGGAAAAGUAGAUUCCGAUUCGUUUAUUUGGGAGCAAGGUGGUGCUUACCAUGUAGACUAUAAACCAUAUAAUUUGAUGAAUUAUCAAUAUACACCUGUAAAACAGACCAAAUCAAAAUAUAGAACUGCUAAAUCCCGCAUUUACAGAGAAUUUUUAGGGUUAGACGAAAAACAAUCUGAGAAAGAUAACCGCUAUUACGAAUCACUGAACUGGGAUAGCACCAGAGAUUACAGUUCUAGUGAAAGCAAUGAUACUGUUAACCCACGACAUAAAUUCUUACAAAGCAAAAAAUUCUUUGAAGAUCAGUACAAGAAAUGUAAUAAACAAAACGAUAUUUAUGAUCAGCUUGAAAAACAAAUACUUGAUUCUUGUAGCAGUUUAGAAAUGUCUGCCGACAAGUACAAUAGGUAUUUGGUGCAAUUUCGCAGGAAUUCUACAGGAUACUCGAACGAAAGGACCCCAAAAAAAUAUUUGGAGCAUUUAGUGAAAUUACGAAGGGAAGUGGUUAAAGCUGACAGUGAUACCACUGACAGUCAACAUUAAUUUGAUUAAUUAACUUUAAAUUAAAAAUAAGAUAAUGAGUUAUUAUAUAUUUUCUGCACAAAAUGUAAGUAAAGUUAUGUUUUGUCGUGUAGCAUUGUAAGUAAAUUUUCAAUUCAUAAUUUAUGUAUAUAUAUUAUGUAGGUAUGCCUCUGUACAUAUAUGAUUCAUUAAUGUACGUUUAAUUUUUGUAUAAGCUACUAAGUGUACAAUUGUUAUUGUGUUGAGUUAGAAUUUAGAACAUUUAUAUUAUAAAUAUUAUACCUAGAACAGAUUAACAUUUCGUACCUACAUAAGUUCAGAAAAACUUAUUAGUUAUUAAUUUUGCCGUUAUUUGAACCUGCGUCCUCCGGAUUGAAAGUCGCAUGCUCAUUCCGCUAGGCCACUAGUAUUUUAUUUUACCUAUCACCACUGUAAUCUAUAACAUAUACACCGUGUUUUUUUGUUUUCCGUUAAAUUUGACACGUCGUUAGGUUCGUUAUCAGGAACUACUACUCUGUAUAUCACUUUUAGUUAAAUAGCCAAAAAUUUUUUUUCAUCGUUUUCAUACAUAGUAAAUGAAUUAAUUAGUGUGAGAGACCCUUAAGAAUAGUAUUCAAGUAAGUGUUAAGUCACAGUGUUAAGUGAUUGACGGCACAUGUCAAAACAAAUAACAUUAGGAAGUGGUAAAGGCUGUGACACACGUGUUCAGUAAUUAUAUUUUUUAAUAACUCAAUAACCGUAAGAGUUAAGACCCUAGUUUCUUAGAUAAAUUAAUUGUAUUUGAUCUAAAGAACCUUCCCUUAUAAAGUUAACGGAAUUCAAUAAAAACAGGGUGUAUUUAGGUAACUACUUAAAUAAUAUUGGAAUUUAAAAAUCAUAAUAUGUUUAUAAUGACUGUAUCAAAGCUUUGCAUGUACGAAUUUUCAUUUUCUUAUUGUCUGUAUACCUACAUAUUGCAAUUUUCAUUCUACUUAUUGUAUUUUUGUGGAAAGUGAUUUUUAUAUGUUUUAAUCGCCACAUACAUAUUUUGUUCGUAUUUAACGGAUGUUUAUUAAUAGUGUUAACGUUAUUAGCCUUGGAAACUUUAUUUUUAGUCAGACAAUAUUAUAUAUUUGUUGAAGAUAACCUCGA